UGUCUUUUAGUUUCGUUAUUCACUUGUUAGCAGUCUUUGAGUAAAGGCUACUUUGUGUCAGCGGCGUCUGCUUCCUACUGCCACAACACUCCAUUUGGAUCCAAUUUCACUUUUAGAAAGGACAUGGCCGCUAUGGAUAUUUCUAAUGAGUCGACGCAGCAGGUGGAGGACUUCUCCAAGAAACUCACCAAGGAGGCAGAAGAGGUCGUCUCAACAUUUUUCCCUCAGAUGAUCGAAGCGCUGCAGGUGCUCCUGAAGAGCUUUUUCAGUUGUGAUGCCCGAGCAUCCCUAAAGGCACCGCUGGAUAUCCCCAUCCCGGAUCCUGUGAAGGAGGAGGCCAAACGCAAGAAGAAGGAGGAGGAGGAAGAAAAAGAUAAAACAGCGAAGAAAGACAAGAAGGAGGAGGAGGAGGAGGAUUCAGGGCCUAAUUGUGGUCCUAUCUGCUGCAAUGAACGAGUGGAGACGCUCCUGAAAGAGGUCAAGCCUCAGAUCCAGACACUAAAGGAGAAGAUCAACACGGUGACCAUGUGGAUACAACUUCAAAUCCCCAAAAUUGAAGACGGUGACAACUUUGGAGUUGCAGUGCAGGAAAAAGUGUUUGAGAUGUUGACAAGCUCACGCACCAAGGUGGAGGGAUUUCAGACUCAGAUUUCAAAGUAUUACAGCGAGAGAGGGGAUGCAGUCGCCAAAGCGUCGAAAACGCCCCACGUGGGUGACUACCGGGAGUUGGUUCACGAGUUGGACGAUACUCAGUACUUGGAGCUCCGUCUAAUGGUGUUGGACAUGUGUGCCACAUAUGCCGCGCUGUACGACAUUAUCAGCAAGAACUACGGCAAGAUUAAGAGGCCCCGAGGAAACUGCAAAGCUCUUAUCUACUGAAGUGUUGGACCCCCAACAAGAGAUGCAAUUGCCAAAAACUGGAGAUGCCAUACAGUGCCAUUUUUUGAACACAUUUUGGAAUGUAUCACCAAAUAAAACAGCAACAGUCUUGCA